CUUGUACUAGAAAGCCAUCAGAGCAGUCUGUCUGUGCUUACACUGCGCAGUUUCACGAGCUGCUUCAAUCACAAAACUGAAAGUUAUUUUAAGUGUGUGUAACUCCCAGCUGCCAGCUACGGAAGUCCGUGUUUUGAACAUUCUCACUGUCGUUAAAGAGGAACCUCACCCGGCAGCCUGGCUAAAUCCGGAGAGCUGCAACUGAGCCGGAAAGUGCAGCUGUGCGGAGCCUGGGUGCUGCUGGCUCUGCCGCUGGGCAGCUCUCUCGGCGCUUGCCCGGCGCCAUGACGCGAAUCUGUCCUGCGACCCCUGCGGCCCGUGCGGCCCCGCCAGCCCCGGCCCCGCUCCUCUGCGCUCUGGCUCUGCUGCUCAGGGCGGCUCUCGCAGUGGAACAUGUCCCGAUGCUGCUGUGGUCGACUCAGAGUUCACCGUGGAAUCCAGACACUGCCUUGCAUGAAGGACACAUUGUCUCCACACAGGAGCUGACUAAGCUCUUACAUCCUGGUUUUACCCAGAAUUCCAGGAACCUCAUCUUGUUCCUGCAAGACACACUUAGCAUAGAUGAUUUCACAUACCUCAGUGAAUCCUAUGGCACCAAGAAUCCAUUUCAAAAUAUUCAGGAAAUUCUUCAGUCUUCUCCUUCAUCAUUACUUUUACCAGCUGUUGACUGCAAGGCCACCAGGUAUCUUCUGAGCUUUCUUCAGGAAUCAGGAAAUUGGAAGUUAACCAACAUAACAACUCUUGAUGUCUCUCAGCUGCAAGUGAAUACAUCUAAACCCAACUUACUGCUGGUUCAGCUGCAGCCACCUGUCAGUGGUUUAAGUGAGAUUUCUGCCCUGGAAGCAAUUGCUGAAAAUGACAAAGUAAUCGGAAGACUGACCACAGAUCUGCAGGAAAAAGGGAUUAAUUUUUCAGUAAUUUAUACUGCAGUGAGACCUUCAAGGAUUUCUAGGAGAACUGAUGUGGUAUGGGAAUCAAGACGACAAUUGAUGGCCACUGAGGAAGAAGACAGUUCCUCAUAUCCUCCUCUGGAUGUGACCACUGGAAAUGCUACUUGCAUCCUUUUUUACGCUAGAAAUUUCAGCCUCAUAGCCAACAGUUCUGUUUUGAUAGAUUUAACAAAUGCAACAUUUGUAACCAAGAAUGUGGUUAUUUCUUCCUCUGAGUGCUCAGACACCAACACAACACUGUCAUUAAAAUACACAAAGCCAGUGAAUGGAAUCAGCAGCCUGGAGAUAAGGUUUUUAAUGACCAACAAAUUCUAUGGAGGCUCGGCUAGAAAUUGGUCCACUAUAGAUUCCAUCGAGAUUGUACAAGACGAAGAAAAAUUUGCUAAAUUUAAUGUUUCUGUCAUCUCUGCUCCUGCAGAGUAUUCAUUUCAUUGUCAGCUGGUAGGAACAAGCAAUCUCUAUCCUGCAAGGCUGAUUCCAUCCAACAAUGAGGCAAAAAACUGGCAAGUUUUCAUUUCCGGGUUGCAAAUUCAAGGCUUCAACAUUGAAAACAACCAGUUUUCCUAUGCAAGUGACUGUACAGGUUUCUUCACUCCUGGAAUCUGGAUGGGCUUAGUGACGUCUAUACUUCUACUGUGGAUCCUGACCUAUGGAAUCCAUAUGAUCAUGCAGCUCACAACAAACAACAGAUUUGAUGACCCCAAAGGUCCAGCUCUCUCAGUUCCUCAGACAGAGUAGCCAUGGAUUGACUUAAUGCUGCUAUGGCUUUCCCUGGUCUGUUAUUUAUGAUUUUUAUAACCAUUCUAAUUGAAAAUAUGUGUAAACUAAAAAGAUAUAGCAGAAAGGGGUAAUUAAACUAUGUAUAAAAAGGAUCCUUAUGCUUGCAAUAUUGAUUCUAUAUAUUAUUACCUUAAUUUGUUAGCAGCUUUCUGUGUAACUCAGGAGGUCUGAUGUGAGCCUUUGGAAGUUACUGCUCUAUCUGGCUGUUUGAAAGACCAUUGCAAACCACCUUCAGAUCAACUGUCCACAGCGGAAGGAAAACUAACUUUUUUUAAGGACCUAUGUAUUGAAAAUAAUGGUCUCUCUAAAGCUCUUACUAAGUAUUUCAUGUUGAUGCUACAUCUUAACAAGCCUGAACAUUUCGUUGAUUUUUCUCUUGAGAAAACCAUCCAGAAAUGUACAUAACUUAGUAUGUCACAAAAUAAAUGGUCUUGAAAAGUCUUCUCAAAAUACAUAACUUUGUUCAGAAAUGGUAGCACAGAUGAGAAUGGGCAGAUAAAGGUUUAGCUUCCCUCUAAUGUUAUCCUGUUCCUGUGAGAAUUCUGUUAAGCAAUGCAAACUCUUGUUUGUUUUAGCCAUGGACAACUGAUAGCAUUACCAAGCAAUAUGGGUCCUAGUCCAAACUGAUAUCAAAAUUAUAUUUGGUCUCAUGGCAAUGAAUGCACCUUUUCAAGCUCUUAACAUAGUAUGAUUCAGUGUUCAAGUACAGACAACAUCUGAAAAGAAAUAAGAUCAUUUUCUUAGCAUCUCCUUUCCUGUGUUUCUUUGGAGGAAUUAUGAAGUUUGCAAAAAGAAGAAAAAAAUAUUACAUAAAGUCAUUAGAAGCACUUUGGUGAUGUACUGUUUAAGUCUGACCAUGCUUGUGGUCUUCUCAAUGAUUCCAGAAGCCUUAAAGCAUUCAGAAUGUGCUGAAAUCUUCUACAAUGAAUAAAGACACUGCCUCUCCUCAUUGGGCGAUUUGACCUUGGAGUGAAUUAGUAGAUGUUAAUGAAAAGCUAGAAAAUAGUAGAAGAACAAUGCUGAAAUGGUAAAAAAAAUGGUAAAAAUAUUUUCAUUAUUUCUUCUGUAGUGUUUUGUUAUGACUGUGCAUGUUCUAUUAGUAGCCAAGGAAAAGCAUUUCAACAAAACCACAUUCAUCACAGGAAAAAAAUUCUAACUUUUGUGAUCUUGAUCCAUGUCACAGUUACGAUGUGGUCAUCCAUGGCAGUGAUGCAGAGGAAAGACAGUUAAAAUCAACUAUUUAACUGGACCAAUAAUAGUUUCUGCCUAUCAUUCCUGGAUGUCACAUUUUUAUUAUGCAGUCAAAGAGGUAAAUUAAAGACUGUCUGAGGGUAUUCCUGAAGCAUUCAGUCAUGACCUGGAAAACAGAAAGCUCACAGGGAACUAGCAGAGGUAACAUUUUCCCCACAUGUUUUUCAAAACCUUAAAGAAUGCUGGCAUUUGAUUUACACAAAAACCAAUUUGUUAGAAAAGCACAUUUUCCUUGUAAAAAUUAGUUGCCAGGAGAGACAACUAAACUUGCUUUAUUAAUACUCCCUUUAAAGCAAGUUACAGGAGUGUGACGAAAAUUGACAUAAUGGUCAUGUAACUGAUAGCCAGAAGAGAGGAAGGCUUUUAAAAAGGAGUUGGGUUAUAGAAGACAUCUUACUUAUGACUUUUAUCUAGAUUCAGCAAAGUUUGGACAGAUUUUGUUCAACAGUGGUAAUGUGGUAAUGUAGAAGAACAGCUUUAUGAGGUUUGGACAUCCAAUGGACAACCUCAGAGGGCCAUGUGUGCUGCUGGAGUCCCCAGGCCAUCUCGGACUUUUGCAGCUGCACAUCAUGCUGCCCUGUGGCUGGAGACAAAGACAACUCAUCACUGAUUUCAGCAGGGAUGGGUCCCUUCCUUUUGAAUACCUCAAGGUACUACUAUAGCAGGAUUUUGUCCUUGCCUGGUUUUAUUUACCUUUCUGAAAAAAAAAUUAGAAACCUGUCGGAGCCCUCCAGUUCUGUGUACUUCUGAUUUCACAACAAGUGCACUUGUUAAAACUUGCCUGCUUUGGGAGCUGUUCCAGCCAGAAUAUUAGUGCUGUCUGGAAAGUGAGAACUCUUAGGAUUUUCCCCUUUAUCAGAAGUACUGACUUUUGUGAGAACUAGCUCAUUUCUCAACAAAGUACCAAAAAAAUUAAGAAGGGUGGAGAGGAUGAUGGGAAAGAGCAUCAGUUAGAGAAGUAGAAGCUUUUUGUUUGCUUUCAAAUGCAUAAAUAAAUGAAACUUUAUCAAGGAAAAAAUGCUGAAAACUAUGACGCAACUUGAAAAACAUUUAACUGUGAAAAAUCAAGAUUAAAACCAUCAAAACCCCAAACCUAAACACAAGCUCUGAAACCAGAAGUUAAGGUAUUUCUACACAAAAUUAAACAAUGAUCAUUUGUUGAAGGGGGAGCUGAGAUGGAACUAGAAUUAGAACCUCCUGGCCUGAUGUAGGUUCGGUUUGUGUCCUGGUGUGUUUGCCUGCUCAUAAAAUUACUUUAUAAAUCAUGUGGAAACCCAAAAAUUACCUAGAAUGAAACAGAAUUAUAAUAGGAAUAGUGCAAGAGUAAUAUUUCUCUGAAGGCAGUAAAAGAUAAGUCAUUGAGCAACCUGGUCUAGUGGGAGGUGUCCUUGCUCAUGUAGGGGGAUUGGAACUAGAUGAUCUUUAAGGUCUCUUCCAAAAAGUAUUCUAUGGUUCUGUGAUAGUGGAUUGAUUCCAUCUUUCAAGAGAAGAUUCAAUAAAAUCAUUGUCUCCUCCUUUC